AUGCAAGCACCACCGCUAGACACAAUGCGAGUACCGGUACCCGUCAUGGCCGGCGUCACCGUACGGGAAAAGUACCUGACUGCCCAGCCCUUACUCGCGCACGGUGGCAAACCACGGUCAACCGACGGUCCUCCAGACGUCCUCCUCCCAGCCGUCAUCGCUCGCCGCCCGUUCGACCCUCGCCUCCCAGCCGGCUCGACCUGCGACCCUCGACGGCGGGGCGGAACCUUGGCCGCGGGACGGCAUCCACGGCGUGCUGCUCGCCCGGCCCCCUUCUGCGGCGGCGGCGACGGCGACGAUGACGACGACGGCAACGACGACGACGACGGCGGCGGCCUCUCUCGGAGCCGAGCAUCGUGGGCUCGUGAGCGUGGCACCCGCAGCGGCGUACAUCCUUCUCCGCCGCCCGCUUCUCCGCCGCCGCCUGCUGUUCAUCUCGGCCGCCCGAUCGAGCGAGUCGACCGACCCCCCCUGCUCUUCAUCUCGCCCGCCCGCUCGAGCGAGUCGACCGACGCCCCCCGACUCGCGUCAGUUGGCCGCCUGCUUGGCCUUGCGCCUGCCGACGACGUCCUCGAGCUCCGUCCUCGGCCUGCAGCGCUUCAUCGGCUUGACCUUUUUGCGCACGUUGGUCGACCGCUCAAAGGCGUAGGCCAUGCCGAUCAGCGUCUCCUCGCUCCACGGCGCGCCGGCAAAGGAGAGGCCAAACGGCAUGUUCGGCCCCUUCAUGUUGAGCUGGGAGAAUUCGUCAACCUCGACGGGGAAGCUCUCCGACGUGGCGCCCAGCGGCACCGUGACGACGGGCGAGCCGAGGAUGCCGGCGAUCUGGAAGGAAUUGUCGGUGUGGAAGACGAGGGCGUCGAGCUUGUGCUUGGCCAGCGCGCCCAGCAGGCCGAGGUCGCCGGCGAUGCGGGUCAAGUUUCUGGCGAGCACGUCGACGGCCGGGUUGGUCUUGUUCAGGCCGUGGCCCAGGAUGACGUCCCAGUAGCUCGUGUCGUGCUCGGGCCAGCGCUCCGACGGCGUGUUGCGGGUAAAGGUGAGCAGCUGCUGGAGGGACGUGAUGUUGUGCGGGUUCCUCACGAGACGCGACAGGUACUCGGGCAGGUUGGAGCCGAAAUCGGCGAGCAUCACCAUCUCGUUGUCGUUGACGUGCUCGUCGCCCUGGAGGAUGUCGAUGGCGUCGAGGGUCAGGUCGUCGACGAUCUCGGCGCCCUCGUCGCGCAUCACCUGCAGCGCCGAGGCAAAGGCCUUGAGCUCGUCGGAGCCGUCGACGAAGCUCGGGUGGCGCGGCACGCCGAUGCGCUUCCCCCGGAGGCCCGUCCUGACGCAGGCGCGGGCGUAGUCGCACAAGGCCUCGGGCAGGAUGGCGGCCGUGGCCUCGUCCCUGGCGUCGACGCCGGCGAUGGCGGUGAGGAGGUGAGCCGCGUCCUUGACGGUCCGCGCCAUGGGACCGACGGUGUCGCGCCGGUCCGAGACGGGGACGACCAUGUGGCGCGAGGUGAGGCCGACGGUCGGCUUGAUGCCGACGACGUUGUUGCGGCCCGCCGGCGCCACGAUCGAGCCGUACGAGUCGGUCCCGAGGGCGGCCCAGGCGAGGCCGACGGAGACGGCGACGGCGCUGCCCGACGACGAGCCGUAGGGGUAGUGCUUCUCGUAGUAGGCGCCGACGGUCUGGCCGCCGGUGGCCGACCAGCCGUCGGUCGUGUUGAGGCCGCGCAUGUUGGCCCACUGCGACAUGUUGGCCUUGCCGAGGACGACGGCGCCGGCGCGGCGCAGCUUGGCGACGACGGUGCUGUCGCUCGCCACCGUCGCGCCGACGAGCGCGUGCGAGCCGGCCGUCGUGUUCAUGGCGUCGGCCGUGGCGAUGUUGUCCUUGACGAGGAUGGGCACGCCGUGGAGGGCGGGGCAGCCGGACGCGCAGGUGCCGUUGCCGUGGCGCCGGUCCUCGUCGAGGCGGCUCGCGAUGUCGACGGCGUCGGGGUUGAUCUCGACGACGGCGCGCAGCUCGUCGUUGACCUCUCGGAUGCGCGCCAAGUAGGCCUCGACGAGGUCGACGCUCGUAAAGGUGCCGUCGCCGAGGCCUCGCUGCAGCUGGUUCAGCGUCGCGUGCAGCAGCGGGGGAAAGGCGGCCGAGGCGGCCAGGGCAUGCAGGGGGGCAUGCAGGGCACAGGCGACGAGGAGCGCCCGGCCGAGGCCGGCGGACGACGGCAUGGCGACGGCACGCACGAGUCUGCGCCUUGA